UUUGCCAUCACCCCACACCACUCAUGUCGGAACCCAAGUUCGUCCUCGUCAAGACCGCCAAGUACUCCGUGCUGCACCCGACCAAGGGCGCCAAGCCCAUGAAGGCUGCCGUUGUGGCUACGCCUGCCAAGGCCGCCGCCAAGCCUUCCACCCCUAAGGCUGCCGCCAAGCCUUCGACUCCUAAGGCGAAGAAGCCUGCCGAUGACGAUGACGACGACUUGUUCGGCGAUGACGAUGAUGAUGAAGAAGCCGAAGCUGCCGCCAAGGAAGCUGCCAAGAAGCGCGCGGAAGCCGCCAAGGCUGGCAAGAAGGAAAAGGCUAAGCCCGUCGAACGCUCGCAAGUCGUGCUUGAAGUCAAGCCUUGGGAAGCCGAAACCGACUUGGUCGAAUUGGCCGGCAAGAUCAAGGCUCUUGAGAUUAACGGUUUGAACUGGGGUGAAGGCCACAAGUUGGUCCCCGUUGCGUUCGGCAUCAAGAAGCUGCUCAUUCAAUGCAUCAUCGUUGACGACUUGGUGCUCUUGGACGAUAUCACGGAAGCCAUUGAAGCUUUCGAAGACUACGUACAAUCCGUCGAUGUGGCCUCCAUGAACAAGGUCUAAGUUCAAACAAAUUCACACGUAUGGUAAUUAUUGCAACUUGGUCUCUUAAGCCCAACUCAACCCCAUAGCACACAUCUUCCUUGAGCUCUCAGAUCCCGCGCUCGACCUUGAACGACCCCUUCGUUGCUUUGGUCUUGGCUGUGUCGACAUCUUUAAUGUCUAUCGGGACUUCCUCCUUUCCGACCACCGGUCUAGGCGGCCGCCUGUGUCCAGCUGCUUUUUCCACCGCUUCGGCAUCAUGGUCCACCCCAUUUGCAGUAUAUUGGACUUGCACAACAAUGCAUACCAUCCACAAGAGCAACGUCGCGGCGAAGUAGGCCCACCAUGCCCCCGGCAUGGCCACUUUGGCAUCCCCAGCACCGUUCCUCAGUGCCAGCAGCAGCGAUUGGAUGUUGGCUGGCGUCGGGUACUGCCCGAUGAAGUUGCCAGCGCCAAGCACGAUGAAGAAGCUGCCAAGAAAGGACGUGCAUAAGAUCACGACGGGCUUCUCUUCGAAAAACGCAACGAGGCCAAGAAGCACACCGAAUGACGCCAUCGAGAUGAACAUGGGAAUCUCGGGGCGGGCGGCAUUGAGCUGGAUAAAGAAGAUCGACCCGAGGAACGCGCCAAAGCCGAUGCCCGCCAAUACACCCAUCGCAGCAAUGCCAAAGCGGUACAAGUAGAGCGCGAGGAGCGCGACGAGAAUCGCGCCAACGAUAGACAGCACCAAUGAUCCAGCGACAACCCACGACUCUCCCUGGAAUGCUUGGGUGCCAAUGUCAAAAAAGACCACGAGACCUACAGUAAACCCCGCGGCGAAGAACCCCGCCCGGACGAAGCGAUAGCCGAAUAUCCCCAGCAUGACGCCGCCGAGAAUCGAAAUACCAUACACGAUCGCAGGCGCAACUGCUCCGAGUGAAGAACGCGAUGACAGAGCGGAAAGUUCGUCGGUCGCGUUCGACGACAAGUAAGCCGCCGACGCGGACUCAGACAAUGGCGGCAGCCCCGGUGCAAAGUCGGACGUCAGCAUGAACAAACUCAGCGCUGCAACGGCAGCUAUUGCGAUGAGAGUUGUGCCCAUCGAUGCCAAUCGACGCGCUUGAGGGGAGAGCAAGAUGGAUGGAGAUAGGACGCGCUUCCUCACGUUCGAUGGACCCAGGAGUAGCUCAUCGCUGGCCCCGCUUGGGAUGUACAUGGACACGGAUCCAAUCUUGUCGGCGCGACCCUUUGAUGGCAA